CCCGAAACUGGGGAGGCAGAUAGCAAUACGACAGCGUCCUUCACCGCCGUCGCACAGUUGCACGGGUGUCUGCAGCUCCUGAGGAAAGACCCCGACACAGUGGCUGAGCUGCAAUGGACUUGGGCAGGAACUUGGUAUUUCAAGAGGUAAUCCAGGCAACAAGAGGGCUUGCACCCCACCCCAUAACGUACUAGGAGUCCACGCUGCCGUCAAGCCAGGCCGUGCACACGACCACGAACAACCGCCGUCAUCAAAGUGCACAAAAAAAAAUCAGCAUGUAAUGAAUUGCUCCCGCGGAACCCAGAGAACCCGGAACCGUCUUCCGAGACCACACAAAAGCAGGGAUUCCCACGACGGAACAGGAAAUGGGGUAAUGAUAGUAGCAUUUGGCAUGUGGGCCAGCUUUGAGAGGCUGCCAAGGGUCCUUUACGAUCUGCAUGGAAAGGCCUCCAGGCACCAGGUAAUAGGAUAGAAACAGUGACGCAUCAUGAAUUCAUUACAUCAGAUAAUUGCAAAGGGAAAAUCGGUGGAAUGGGAUACAGCGCCCACAACCACAGCUCCGAAUAUAGUCGCAGACGGAGGGAUGUGAUCUGGGUGAUGACAUCUAGGCCUCAUCUUCAAUAGCCUAACCGCAUCUUGGCACGCGUUGACAGCUCCCAAGUGCGCUGGGCGUGGUUCAGCUGAAUUGGAGGUUUGACUGGGUCUGUGCCCCCACGAUUUGGCGGCUGGUCCGAACCAUGCCAGAAAACCGGGCCGCAAAUCUCUGACUCGCGCUCCCGACGCGGCGGGCUUAGUGUUGAAUCAAAUCUCCACGGCUCCCACGUUCAACGACGCACGGCAAAUGAGAGCAGUCGACAUAGACAAUCCCACCAUCGCAGACUGAUACGCCAGCCUCGACCCUUAGCCCGGCACGCGUGUCCACGCCAAAUGGGACAAGAACGCCCCCCCGGCGAAGGGCAAACCCCAGGCAGUGGGCUCCUACAGCCGUCCCAGGCGGUCCAGCUCAUCACCAAGAUCCCCCAUGUGCUGCCCCAUGAGCGCGUCUUUCCCAUCCAGAUCGGCUCCGAGCUGUUCAAGCUCUCGGGCGCAUCGCUCUCCUCCGACGCACCGUCGUACUUCUCGCAGUACUUCCAAUGUCAGAUCAAGACGGCCGAGGAGAAGGGCGAGGACGCUGCCUCGGCCAUCCGCACCCUCUACAUUGACCGUGACCCCAGCACAUUUAAAGACAUCGCCCUCCACCUACAGGGCUACCACGUCCAGCCUCGUGAUGGCACCCACUUUGUGCGGCUGUUUGCCGAUGCUCAGUUCUACUCUCUCCCAAAGUUGAUAUCGCAGCUGUACGAAGAGUCCAUCUUCAUGUCCAUCGGCCACCGGGAGUUCCAGAUCCCACGUGAUCUGUUCCAGGACCCAGGCAACUCGCCAAACUUCUUCACUCUAGGCUUCGCAAUCUUCUUCUCGUCCCCAGAGGACCUCUUCCCAGGUCUAGACCGUAAGGAUCUCAUCCGGCCACCCUCAAUAAUGCCCCCUUCCGUGCCGCAAAGGUCGGCCGACACCUUCCAGGAGAUUCUACACCUGCUCAGGGGCUACCCCGUGAAUAUUCGCGACGACGCCCACCGCCAGGAGCUGCUUCGCGACUGCCGCUACUUCAACUUCAAGGGCCUCGAGCAGCGACUUAUCCCCCACGCCAUCUCACACAACCAGGCCCGCGGCCGCGAUGAGAUCGUCCUCCGGGUCGAGGAUAUUCUCAAGUCCGGUAUCAGCAUUGCCCCGGAGCCCCACCCGGCCGACCCAUUGUCCGCCUGGAUCACUUACGCCCGCCCCUACAUCGGUGAAAACCCCGCUGAGCUCGUCCUUGAGAUCGGCAGAGAGACUACCCGCUUGCACCUGCCAGCAGGCGCUGUCGGCAUCGCAGGUUCUGCCACGGACCCGGCGACGCUCGUCAUGCCAGCCCGCGCCGAGUUCUUCCGCGACGUCAGGACGCGCAUCGCGCGCCUGUUCGAGGUCAUCUCCACCAAGCUCAACCUGCCGCUCAUUGCGCAGCCCCCCGGCCUGCUCGCAGGCAAGGGCGGCGCUAGCAGCCAACCCCCGACGCCGGGGAACACCCCGAUAAGCGACGACCUCGUGCGCGUCGUCAUCGAGCCCGAAACAGCCAUCACGCUCGACGGCAGGCCGUACACGGCGCACUGCGACGCCCUGGACCGCCACUUCCAGGCCUCCGCCACCAUCUCGGCCGACUACGCCGCCGCGCCCACGUCCAGCAGCGCGGGAGGCAGCGCGGUCGACCCCGCGGCGCUUGCGAGCCCCGUGCGCAAGAGGCGGCGGCUCGGCUUGGGCCCGUGGGUAGGGCUGUCGGGCGGCGACGAGUGGGUCGUGCGGACGGGUCAGUGGAGGCUGCGCAUACAGAGUUCCAGGGCAGGCAAGAGCCCGAUCGAGUGCGUCCUUGUUGCCGUCAGGCUAGACGCCUUCAGCUCGGAGCAUUCGAGGAACGCGCAGAGGGGAUUCCUUGCUGGCACAUGAGGGUCGGGUUGCUGAGCAAAGGCGAACGUAGGAGUUGGUUUAGUGGGCUUGGAUAUACCCGAUAGUUUUAGUAAUGAGAUAAUGACGCGUCGGCUGG